AUGGGUUUACACUUCUUAGGUCUUAGGUUUUGCUUGAAGCUGAUCGUGGCUGAUGCCAUGAAACGCCUUUUUAACAUGAUAAAUGAUCUUCCGUCAAUAUUUGAAGUUGUGACGGGGACGGCCAAGAAGCAGACUAAGGAGAAGUCUUCAGUCUCAAAUCAUAGCAGUAACAAAUCUAAAUCAAAUUCCAAGAAACAGCGAGGUUCUGAAUCUCAGGGCAAGUUUUCAAAAGGUUCACAAUUGAAAGAUGAGGAGGAAGAGGGUUUGGAAGAAGAAGAUGAGGAGGAGCAUGGGGAAACGCUAUGUGGAGCAUGUGGGGAGAAUUAUGCAUCUGAUGAAUUCUGGAUCUGUUGUGACAUCUGUGAGAAGUGGUUCCAUGGCAAGUGUGUUAAGAUCACCCCUGCUAGGGCUGAACAUAUCAAGCAAUACAAGUGCCCGACCUGCAGCAACAAGAGAGCUCGCCCUUGA